AUGGCAGGCAACAUCUUCAGCUGCAGCUGUGGAACCCUUCACUUCAUACAGUGGUUACAAGAAACUGAUGUCUCUUUAGAUGACCAUGGCAACUACAGCUGUAUCCUUGGUGAUGGAACGUUGUCUGAUACAGCUUCCUUUUAUGCCAGAAGGACAUUCCAUUGGAGAACAUGUGUGGGCCAGUUCUGGUUGGCUGUGAGCGUAGUUGGAAACUUGAUUGCGCUGUUGUCUUUGCUUGUAGCCUUUCUCGUCAAGAAAUAUUUGCCCAAAAUAGAGCACCAUGUGUUACAGGUGCUUGGUUAUAACCCCGGACGCCUACCACAAAGGGAGGAUUUUGAUUAUGACGCCUACAUAUGCUAUGAAAGUGCUCAGUACGAUUGGCCUUACCACUGUCUGUUCAAGGAGCUCCCUCUAGUCUAUCCAGGUAUACGACUGUACCUGCCCGAUCUACAUGACCCUGUAGGAUGUUCCCAGGCAGAAGUGACCAUUGAUGCAUUGUCGAGAAGCUGGAAAAUUAUUAUUGUUCUAACAGAGAACUUUCUGAAGGACGAGUGGAUACACUUUACUGUCCUGUCCACUGUAAGACUAAUGUCCGUGAACAACGCAAUAUCGGACCGAGUGCUGCUUCUGUACAGGGAUAUGUCCUUGGCAGCAAGAGCUCGAGUUCCUCAAUAUCUCCUCAACGUUGUUUCGGAGGAACAUAUUCUGGAUGUGGAGGAUAGCCCCCACUUCUGGACACAUCUGUGUCAGUGCAUCCUUAACGGUAAACCCACAGCCUUAUUCUAA